UCUGUCUAGGUCCAGAUUUGCUCAUUGUGUAAUCGAGAGUAGUACGGCUCACAUCGUUGUGAUAUUUGUGCGCCGUCGAACAAGUCGAAGUGGACCUCUUGCUCGCCUUCGCCUUCGCCAUCGUCUUCGCCAUCGCCUUCGCCAUCGCCCAUUGGUGGCAGCCUUGCGCCGAAGUGUGUGUCCGUGGUCGAAAUGGAUCUCUGGCCCGUCAACGUCAACAACCAUCUGGAGAAUGGUCCAGGUCCAGGUCCAGGUCCAGGUCCAGGUCUAGGUCGAGAUCCAGGUCAAGAUCCAGGUCAAGGACCACAGCCAUACGCACUGCGGGUGUGGCUCGCCCUGGCCAUGGGCCUCAUGGGCCUGUUCAGCUUGCACUACGCCCGCAUUCUGCGAAGCGUGUCCAUCAGAGGCAGCAUGAUCGUGGUCAGCGUUAUCUGUGUCGUCCUUUGCUCGGUGAUCCGCUGCACUCUGGGCCCAGCCGAAGUGAAGCAGUGGCUGGACGCAAUGUUGGAAGAGCCUUGGCUGACUAUCCACGACGUGGAGGCAACUCAGCGUGCAACGCGCCGAGCAAUCAAGCAAUUCAUCGCCACUGGAACCUAUGUGAUGUGGAAGACGUCGCGUCUACUGCUAACUUGCCUUCGUAGGCUGCACGUCCUCGGCUCGGCCAUCGAUUUGCCACUACUCACGAAGAUCUUAUACGCUGGAGCCUUUGUAGCAGAAGCCCUGGCCAAUCGAGCUCAUGCCGCGUGGCGCGGCAUCCGUAACCAGAUCUCGAACCGACUACGACUGAAUCGAUUCUCUGACUUUGUCCAGUCUGGUGCAGCGGAUCCAUCCUGCGAGGCGUCCCACAAUGAACACAAGCAAUCCCCAACUGUGCUGCCAGAAGACCUGAAUGGGGAAUCAACUGUGCCACACUUCCUCGAUGAUCCAACCAGUAGCCUCGAAACCUAUGAUGAAUUCGUUCAACAUUUGAAGAAGGGCUCUUUGGAGUCGCAUGUUAUAUGUAUUUAGUGUUUAUUUUGUUUCGUUUUUGUUUCUAGCCCAAA